AAUGCAGCCUUUUACGUUUCAAACCAUUUGCUUGUUUUGUCCCUCUUUAAGAUAUUUUCUCCCGAUGUUGAAGGACUGGGUUCCAGGAAUAUCAGAGGUUGCGUUUAGAUGUGUUGAAGCUUUUUCUUUCCGGUUUUUUGCUGAAAUGAGAGAUCUUGGUGUUGGCUUCUUGUUUAAGCUGAUGAGCAGAUCGAUCUUCGCCGUUUUCAUCUGCAUUUUUGCUUUAGGAGGGGCGAUAGUGGGAACUGUCGUCGGAGCAAUGAAAGGGCAGACGACGGAAACUGGGUUUUUCCGGGGAGCUGGAAUCGGAGUUGUCACCGGAGCAAUCACAGCCGUUCAAUUGCUGGAAUCAUUGGCUGAUGGGGAGUCAUUGUCUAAGGUAGCCUUAUUGGUUAGCUUAGUGAAUGGGAAAGUUUUCAUUGAAUGGGUGAGUCCAGCAGUGCUAAAAGCAUAUCAAUGGCAGAUGAAUUCACUCGAAUCGACGUACAGAGAAAUCUCGGACAUAUACGAUGUAAAUGGAGGAAAGGGUUUAUCGAGAAGUUGCAUUCAAAAGCUUCCCAUGCAUGAAUUUCGAUCUACCGAUAUGAUCAAAUCAAGGAACGAAUCUGCUUGUUCGAUUUGUAUACAGGGACUAAAAGAGGGAGAAAUGGCAAGAAAUCUUCCGAGAUGUGGGCACAUGUUUCACUUGAAGUGCAUAGAUGAAUGGCUAAGCAGGCAAGGGACUUGUCCCAUGUGUAGAGAGCAUGUUCUCAGGGAUGAUGGUGAAUUGUAAAUCAUGGAACUUCGAUUCACCAAAAAUUAAGGGUUUUCUUUUUUAAGUUGUGAGUUG